CUUGAAUGCUUCUCUUUGUCCUGCUCUGAGCUCUGCUGUUGUGUGCUGUGAGGGGACCUCAGGGAAACACUGAAAUCAAGACAUGGAUACAGUGACAUUUGAUGAUGUGAAUGUGAACUUCACUGAGGAAGAGUGGAAUUUGCUGGAUCCUUCCCAGAAGAGUCUCUACAAAAAUGUGAUGUCGGAAACAUACCGGAACCUCAAAGCUAUAGGCUAUAAUUGGGAAGAGCAUCAUCUUGAAGAACAUUGUCAAGAUAAUAGAAGUCAUGAAAGACAUAAAAUGACACAUACUGGAGAGAAGCCUCAUGAAUGUAAUCAAUGUGGUAAAGCCUUUACAAGAUCCAGUCAUCUCCAAAGACAUAAAAUGACACACACUGGAGAGAAACCUUAUGAAUGUAAUCAAUGUGGUAAAGCCUUUGCACAGCACAGUCAUCUCCAAUAUCAUAAAAGAACACAUACUGGAGAGAAUCCUUAUGUAUGCAAUCAAUGUUGGAAAACCUUUGCAUAUCACAGUACUUUCCAAUAUCAUAAAGUAACACAUACUGGAGAGAAACCUUAUGAAUGUAAUCAAUGUGGUAAAGCCUUUGCACGGCACAGUGAUCUCCAAAGACAUAAAAGAACACAUACUGGAGAGAAACCAUAUGAAUGUAAUCAAUGUGGUAAAGCCUUUGCACAGCGCAGUUCUCUCCAAUAUCAUAAAAGAACACAUACUGGAGAGAAACCUUAUGAAUGUAAACAAUGUGGUAAAAGAUUUGCAUGUCUCAGUUCUCUCCAAUAUCAUAAAAGAACGCAUACCGGAGAGAAACCUUAUGAAUGUAAUCAAUGUGGUAAAGCCUUUGCAAGACCCAGUGAUCUCCAAAGACAUAAAAUGACACAUACUGGAGAGAAACCUUAUAAAUGUAAUCAAUGUGGUAAAGCCUUUACAAGACACAGUCAUCUCCAUCAUCUCCAAUGUCAUAAAACAACACAUACUGGAGAGAAACCUCAUGAAUGUAAUCAAUGUGGUAAAGCCUUUGCAAGACCCAGGAAUCUCCAAAGACAUAAAAUGACACAUACUGGAGAGAAACCUUAUGAAUGUGAUCAAUGUGGUAAAGUCUUUGCACAGCGCAAUCAUCUCCAAAUUCAUAAAAGAACACAUACUGGAGAGAAACCUUAUGAAUGCGAUCAAUGUGGUAAAGCCUUUGCACAGCGCAGUAAUUUUCAAUAUCAUAAAAGAACACAUACUGGAGAGAAACCUUAUGUAUGUAAUCAAUGUGGUAAAGCCUUUGCACAGCGCAGUAAUUUUCAAUAUCAUAAAAGAACACAUACUGGAGAGAAACCUUAUGUAUGCAAUCAAUGUGGUAAAGCCUUUGCACAGCGCAGUAAUUUUCAAUAUCAUAAAAGAACACAUACUGGAGAGAAACCUUAUGUAUGUAAUCAAUGUGGUAAAGCCUUUGCAUAUCACAGUUAUCUCCAAAGACAUAAAAGAGCACACGUGGGAGAGAAACCUUAUGAGUGCAAUCAAUGUGGUAAAGCCUUUGCACAGCACAUUUAUCUCCAAAUUCAUAAAAGAACACAUACUGGGGAGAAACCUUAUGAAUGUAAUCAAUGUGGUAAAGCCUUUGCAUGUCACAGUGAUCUCCAAAGACAUAAAAGAACACAUACUGGAGAGAAACCUUAUGAAUGUAAUCAAUGUGGUAAAGCCUUUGCACAGCACAGUCAUCUCCAAUAUCACAAAAGAACACAUACUGGAGAGAAACCUUAUGAGUGUCAUCAAUGUGGUAAAGCCUUUGCACAGCACAGUCAUCUCCAAUAUCACAAAAGAACACAUACUGGAGAGAAACCUUAUGAGUGCCAUCAAUGUGGUAAAGCCUUUGCACAGCACAGUAAUCUCCAGUAUCAUAAAAGAACACAUACCGGCGAGAAAACUUAUGAAUGUAAACAAUGUGGUAAAGCCUUUACAAGACCCAGUUAUCUCCAGUAUCAUAAAAGAACACACACCGGACAGUAA